AAGAAGACGAGGCGCAUGCGCAGCACGCAGCCAGUCUUUAAUCAGAGAUGAUGGAGGCGAAUGUUUUGAAGGAGCCCAGAGACUAACGAUCCCCGUUUUCUGCCGUAACGACCUUCAGAUUAUUACAUUUUCAUGAUAAAUAAAACCGCCGCCGAUGCCGACAGAAAUAGUUUGGGAUCAAUUUGACUUUCCGGGACAUUAAACGACCGAAAAGCAGCGAACUGGAGGCCUAGCUGAACUAGCUAGCUCCGUGUUGUCGUUCUCCGGGUUGACGCCGCGCCGUUCGUUCGCUUUCAAAACCGUCUCCGCGGGAAUCUCAUCGUCUUCGAGGCCGCAGGAAACGCGUCAAUCUUCGGUUAGGGUCGAGCUGCCGAGCAGCGACGGCGCUUCGCAUCGACGGCCGAAGUGGACCUCCAUGUUCGCGGGGUUCGUUCGUAACUCUGACCUUCUCGACCGAACAUCAUGUCUCUAGUCGCGUACGGCAGCAGUGAUGACAGCGACCCGGAGGAGGGCGCCGCCUCCGCCGCGGGAGACGGCAGGCGGAGCCGAGGAGGGCUGUUGUCCGCCCCACACACCCGAACCGAGCCUGCGGGCGACAGCUCGUCACGUGACGGACUCCACGCCAGGCCGUCGAUAGGCGGGAUCUUCUCCAGUUUACCCAAACCGAGGAAACGGUCCGAGCCCGUCAGGAUCCCGGUUCCGCAGGUCCACAGACACGAUUCUGAUUCUGAUGAGGACGAACCAUCACGAAAGAAGAUGCAAACGCAGGGUUCUGGUGCCGGUCUGUCGUCUAUUCUCCCACAACCCAAGAACCUGACGGUGAAGGAGAUGGACAGGCCUCUGAUUCCUCACGCGCUCACCAGACGACAGGAACCCAAAGGCGCCAAGGCCGGCGCUCCCGCUCAGGGCCUGCUGGCUGCCAGCGCGUCCCCCUCGGCCAUCAAGGCUGCAGCCAAGUCUGCGGCUCUGCAGGUGGCCCGGCAGAUCGCCACAGACGACCAGGACCACGAAGAGGACAUAACCCCUCAGAAUUACUUCUCUUUAGAGGACAGCUCGGAGCCGCCGUCUGCCGUCGUUCCUGCUGAGGAGCCGGAGCCGGGAACUCCUUCCGAAGCUCUUCCUUAUGCGUUUGCCGACGAGCCGGGACAGUCUGACGCUCCUCUGGAUUUUGGAGGGAAUCAGGAAGCAGCCGGAGCUUGGGGGGGUCAAUAUCAGCCCAUGGCGUGUCCAGAGGAUUUCCCUCAGGGCUACUACAAUGAGCCGUAUUAUCAAGAGCCGAACCCGGGACAGGCAGAGGAGCCGGAACAGUCCGACAUGUUUGAUGAUGAAGGGUUCAUGCGGUUGCAGGGGAAAAGAAACCGCGGGAAGGAGGAGAUCAAGUUUCUGGAGAUCAAAGGAGACGAUCAGCUGAGCGGCAAUAAGCAGUGGAUGACCAAAGGCGUGUCGGAGGAGAAGCAGAGCCGCCAGUCCUUCAGCAAGAAACGAGGAGGCCAGCCCACAGGACAGCAGAGGCGGAAGCACCAGAUCACAUAUCUCAUUCACCAGGCUAAAGAACGAGAACUGGAACUGAAGAACAACUGGGCCGAAAACAGGAUAACGCGCCGGCAGACCCAGGCUAAAUAUGGUUUCUAAAUGCUAACGCUGGAAUUUCCAGGAAUUCCGACAUUUCCCCGAUUUCCUCUCGUAAAGGGAAUCCAAAUGUUUCCAGAUUCAAAGUAAACACAUGUUGUAAAGUUUUUUUCCUGUUCUUCCUCCCAUGUCGUACUGAACUUUGACUAUUCAGUAGUAUUUUGUCAAAUGUAUUAUAGUAGUCGUCUUCUAUUUAUCUACUGGCACAGAAAUGUACAAUAAAGAGGCAAACAUGAGGACAGAGCAGAGACCCAUCAGCCGGUCUGGAUCCUCUCAUCUGUGAAUAUUUCCUCUUCCUGUUUGAUUCUAGUUUGUUUGCUUCUAUGGUCACCAGCCUGCAGGAGGAGGUUCCUGUCACAUGUAUUCAUCCUACGGACAGCUUUUGAACCAACUCGUGACUCGGCUACUCCUUCAAUAAAAACAUGCUGUAUUGUUCUGAUUGGAGUUCUUAAACUGAAACAUCCCAUAAUAUUAAACAGAACUUUAUUUUACUGUCA